UAUUUCUAUAUUUAGCUUUUUGAGAAUUCGAACUCUGCCCUGAUAUAUUAUCUGUAUUGAAAAGUCCGGAGCUGAUAUUACUGUUACUGCUAAAGAAGACGAUUUUGAUUUUUUUUGCCGUCCCCUAUAAAUAAAGUACAUCAAAGGGUUUCCAGAGGGGAAUGUAUCCCCUUCUGCUAAGGGAUUUGAAAGUAGUCAGCAACCCUCGUCGCUAAGAAGAUUUUGGACUUUGAGAGGCUUAAAUUGGUCUAACGCCGAUUUUAAGAUAAAAUGGGUGGUAAAGGCGAACACUCUUUCUCCCGCCAUCUUCUGGUCGCAGCUUUUGACUUUGGAACAACAUACAGUGGCUACGCUUUUUCCUUUCGCGACGAGCCGAUGAAAAUACAAACAAAUCAGGGGUGGAACGCUGGCAGCGAGAAACUUAUAUCACUGAAAACACCCACAUGCGUUCUCCUGAAUCAACAUAAGCAGUUUGACUCGUUUGGGUUUGAGGCAGAGAACAGGUACUCUGAUCUUGCCGAAGAUGACAAACACCAUGGGUGGAUGUUAUUUCGCAGGUUUAAGAUGUUGUUGCACAAUAAUGAGGGUUUGAAUAGAUCAUCAAAGGUAAAAGACAUUAAUGGGAAAGCUAUGCCUGCAAUGGAGAUAUUUUCUAUGGCAAUUAGAUUUCUCCGAGAUCAUUUGCUAACAGCACUCAACAAACAGACAGUUGGUUUAAAUGAAAAGGACAUACAAUAUGUCGUUACAGUACCAGCUAUUUGGAAUGACAACGCCAAACAAUUCAUGAGGGAAGCUGCGAUUAUGGCAGGACUGGAUUCAACACGUUUGAAACUUUCUCUUGAACCAGAGGCAGCCUCGAUUUGGUGUCAAAUGGUAUCAACUGAUCUUAAGAAGUCUGUGUCUGAUGUCGGAUGCCAGUACAUGGUUGUUGACUUGGGAGGAGGAACAGCCGACAUAUCAGUUCAUGAAAAGAAAGCCGAUAACUCUCUUAAAGAAAUUCACAAAGCAAGUGGUGGUCCUUGGGGUGGUACUGCUGUCGACAAGAACUAUUUUGACUGGCUGACAACUCUAUUUGGAGAAGGCACAAUGAAGAGGUUUAAAAAAGAACAAAUGGCUGACUAUUUCGAUGUCCAGAGAGAGUUUGAAAUAAAGAAGCGGAACAUAACAACGAAUUCACAGGGGAAAAUCACAUUCAGGGUGUCUGCUUCACUCAGAGAAAUAUAUCAAGAGGUCGAAAAUUCAGACUUAAAGAUGAAAGUCAUAGCUAUGGGAUUAGCUGACAAAGUUACAUUCACCGGCGAUAAACUGCGACUAGAUGUAUCGAUUGUACAAGAUUGGUUUGAGGCCCCAAUAAACGAAAUAGUUGCCCAUGUGCAACAUCUCCUUGCCGAAAUAAAAAUGAAGAAUGUGCAGAGAAUAUUGCUCGUUGGUGGGUUUGGGGAAUGCCAGCUUGUUCAUGAUAACUUGAAAAGAAAUAUUCCAAACAAAACUAUAAUAAUACCCAAUGAACCUGGUCUUGCUGUCCUGAAAGGAGCAGUUCGGUUUGGACACAUGCCAAAUGUAGUGUCUUCCAGAGUGAUGAAGUAUACAUAUGGAGUUUCAGUGGUGACUGUCGAUGAUACAGAAUCACUUUCUGAUUCUGAUAACGAGGACAAUAAGUCAUUUCCAAACAGUGGCUCAGAGAGUGACGAUGAAAAAUCAUCUUCUGAAGAUGAUGACCAUCACGUUUUGUUCGAUGAUCAACUACAAAUAUACGACUCAGAGUCAGAUGAUGAUUACAACGAAUUUGAUUUUGGUAUGUACUUUGGCAAUAGUCAGCUAUGUCUCGACGGCGGUAGCCAAGGUGAUAACCAGUCGAAUACGGAUGAAGAGUCAGAUAAAGAUGAAAACGUUACUGAAGACGUAUUUGACAAGUUUGUCGAAGUAGGUGAUGAAAUUCCUGUUGGUCACGAAGUACGUAGAGUUUAUACUCCAAUGAAUCCUCGUAUGGUGGAGAUACCCGUUUAUUGUACCAGUGAUCCCAACCCACAGUUUGUAACCGACCCAGGGUGCGAACAGCUUGGUGUUCUGUCAAUAGAAUUCCCAGACGGAGAAACCUGUGAAGACAACAACAAUGAAGUUACAUUGAUAUUUGGUGAUACAGAGCUUGUUGUCAAAGCGAAAAUCUUACGCACGGGGCUUGAAUUUUUCACAAAAAUUGACUGUCUGAAAUAAAGAUAUUUUGUUUAAAUGGUAAACGAAAAGACAAAAACGUAAAACAUUUUUACAAGCAUUUUGAUCAAGCACAUUCUGCGUAGGGCAAAAAGCAAUACCAAAAGAAAAUAUAUUUUAAUCAGUAUUUCUGCAUUUCCGCGUUCGGGGAUUUUCAGAGUUGAUAGACCUUAAAUGUUGAAUUUGAUUCUUUAGUAAGAACCUUCGUAUUCAAGCAUUAAGUCUUCGAUUAAAUAGUAACAGAUAAAUACUGUCUCUUUUGUUAAAAUGGUCUAUUAAAUCACUGUCCGGUCGAUUAACAGAUAUGUUUACCGAUCCCGUUUUUGUUCGAUUGUUCUCUAUACAAAAGACAAUGUGUCAAGUCGAGAAAUAUAUGUUCAUAAGAUAGAGCAUUGCAUAAUGAUAACCGUAUAUCCCGUAGCACAUGAAUAUUGAAAUAAUGAAAAAUUUGCAAAAAUAAAGCUGAAUUGUCAUGCCCGGCACACUGUCGCUCCACUUCAAAUUGUGGUGUACAGUAAAACAGCGAACGGCAUUUCCGAAAUAGAGCGCGAGGCCGAUUUAACGGCUAAUUGUUUAUAUUUUUGUGUUGUAAUUCAUUUCAGUUGUACUUUUUUCAAAAAUAGACCAAUGUAGUUCCUCGAAGGAUUGUUUUAGGCUUUCAAUGAUCCAAAGUGUUCAUUGAACGCCACAUUUUCUUGUUUAUCAUAUUUUAUAUCCUUAGAACGACUGACACUUUAUCAAAUAAUUUCAUAGAGUUUCCCACCUUACAAAAGUCUUACAAUUUCAUGAAAACGUGGCUUAUUUGUGUUUGAUCUGAACAUGUACGUUGGACAAUUAAUUACAGAAUGUUAUAGUUAAACGAACUCAGAAGUAAUGAUCCAUUUAAUGUGCCCCAUACAUUGCAUACUUUUGUCUCUGUUCUGCACCUUGAAUAUCUAACUUUUCGAAAAGCAUAACAUUUUGAACGGGAACAAACGCGUUACACAUACAAUGUACCUGCUCGGAAACAGUUAUUCGCGAUAGAACUGAAAAUAUUCGAUUUUGUCGAAUUUGCACGGACAUAAGUUUUUCAUAACCAUGCCAAAAAUCAAAUAAGUGGCACCCUGUAUUACGUCAGGCAUAUGAUUCAAUCAUCGGGCCUCAUCCUAAUUUGUAACAUAAAUAAUGGAAUUUAAGGCAGCCACAGGUGACACACUGCCGAUUACAUUCAUUACACUAUAUUUGUUGAAAGGAUAUCACACUUUAUUAGUUGUCUUUUAAAGGUUUAUAUAUCUCA